AUGAACUCUUCCACCAACGAGUUGGCCUCCACCAGUUUCUUCACCUCCACCUCACCCGGGUCGGACGUCUCGCUGUCCAUAUGGACCUUCACCUCUGGCGAAGCAAGAUUCAAAGCACCCGCACGGAGUCUUUUCUGCUUCAAUUUCUUGGACAACUUCAACAAAAUCCGCAUUCCCUUGGUGAGAUCGUCCUGCUGCGACUGGUCGUCCAUCCGCAACUGGGCCUGUUCGUACGCAAAGGCCUCCUUGGACCGGAUGAUCGACUUAAACUGCUCGUCGCCGUUUUGCAGGUUCUCUGGAACUUUCCAGUCGUGGCCUUCUUUCGGAAGACAAUCCAAAACGUUUUUGGAGAACGGACGGUACUCCACAUCGUGUUCGAGCAAAAGAGCUUCCUGUUCUGCGUCCUUAUCCUCGAUGUCUCCCAAAACACGAACGAAAUGGCCUUCUGGGUAUUUGGAGUUGGCAGGCCAUGAAUCAACUGCAACCACAAUUCUCUUACCGCUUAGUUCACGCGAACGUCUCGUACGGAUCCGGAUCUUGGGUAACGAUCGGUCCAUCAAAAUUACAAAACACGACUUUGCUGCGUUUCCUGUGUUCUGGCUGCUGGCGGCAGCAUUGGAUGCCAAUUGUCCAACAUACAGUCUCCAGCUUCUCUUCACGAUACCGACGACCCGGGCAGUUGGAAUCACUUUAUCAUCAUGUCCCUGUGUCUCUGCAGCCUGCUGGGCCAAAAGUUUUCUUUCCUGGUCCGAGAUAAUCACCUCGUUUUCAUCGUCGUCGCCAACCUCAUUCUUAUUUAUGGUCUCUUCGUCAACAAUCUCUGUAGAAGGUUUCUUCCAUUUGCUUUGGGGAAGUAGCUCCACAAUGACCGAGUCGCCAUUGAAACUUCUGUUCAGGUUCUCCCGGCCGAGGAUCAGCAAUGGUUUGGGCAUCGACGGCACAGAUAUAGAUCCUUCCAGGAAAUUGUACGACGAGAUAUUGAUCACACCCUGGUACAAUGUUCCGUUUUUGAUUCCGCCCAUCAAACGGGCCGAGGAAUAG